CACCCCACACUUGGUCUUUUUAUUCUUUCCUUUAGCAUUCCUUGUGUGUUGUAAAAAAUCGAUUCCCAGCCUGGAACUAAUCACCUCCUGAGCCUUUUGAAGCUUGCACCCGUCCCAGCCCUCUUGUGGCUCCGACAUCCUUGUGUUGAGGCUUUGGACACGGUCAGAUUGAUUUCUGCGGCUGAGGGUUUUGUGUUGCUUCAGUGUUGAGUCCCCCCGUCCCUCCCACUCGGACCGCGCGUUCUUCGCUGGAGCCGCUCGCUAAUGGAAACGACCUGAAGCCAUUUCACCUCGAGAGCUGAAGGAGGGUCACAGGCAGUCGUGCAGAGGAAACACAGCGAGACUCUGCAGCGGGAGCCCGUUCCUUGAAAGCUCGCUGACGCUAACUCCCGUCUCCAUUUGCGGCUGCACCUUCUGAUGGAAAAGAUCAAGACGGACUUCCAGAGUGUAGAUGCGAGCGGGUCCAGCACUGAGCUGGUGCUGGAGCAGCCCCACCGGCCAGCCUGGGGUAACAAGCUGCAGUACAUCCUUGCCCAGGUGGGCUUCUCUGUGGGGCUUGGCAAUGUCUGGCGGUUCCCCUACCUCUGCCACCAGAAUGGGGGCGGGGCGUUCCUUUUACUCUACUUCAUCCUGCUGGUGGUGAUGGGGAUCCCGCUGUUCUUCCUGGAGUUGGCCGCUGGCCAGAGCAUCCGGCAGGGCAGCAUCGGAGUGUGGAAGCACAUUAACCCCAGGCUGGCCGGCAUUGGCUUUGCCAGUUGUGUGGUCUGCACCUUUGUCUCUCUCUACUAUAAUGUCAUCAUCGCCUGGAGCCUCUUCUACCUGGGUCACUCCUUCCAGUACCCACUGCCCUGGCAAUCGUGCCCCUCUCUGCCAAACAACACAGGAUUUGUGACUGAGUGCAGCGAGAGUUCUCCCACCACUUAUUUCUGGUACCGCAAGGCCCUGAAGAUCACCAGCUCCAUCAACGACAGCGGGGGCUUGGAUCCCACCAUGACCGGCUGCCUGCUGGCUGCAUGGGUCAUCGUUUGCCUCGCCAUGAUCAAGGGAAUAAAGUCCUCGGGGAAGGUCAUGUACUUCAGUUCCGUCUUCCCCUACCUGGUGCUGUUCUGUUUCCUUGUACGAGGCCUCCUGCUGGAAGGGUCCGCGGAUGGAAUUCGCUACAUGUUCACCCCGAAGGUUGAAAUCCUGGUGGACACUCAAGUGUGGCGACAGGCUGCAACACAGGUCUUCUUUGCCCUGGGCCUGGGCUUUGGCAGCGUCAUCGCCUACUCCAGCUACAAUUCCCGCAACAACAAUUGCCACUUUGACGCCUACCUGGUCUCCUUCAUCAAUUUCUUCACGUCGGUCUUUGCCACGCUCGUGGUGUUUGCCGUGCUGGGGUUCCGAGCAAACCUCCUCACCAAGAAUUGUCUGAAACGGAACGGCCAGCUGGUGACGGAUCUGAUCGAUAGCGGAAUUUUGAAGGGACACUUGAUCCCCGAGUCUCUGAAUGAAACAAUGGUGUCGCAUGAGGAAUACAGCAAGUGGUUCAGCUCCUUGAGUUCGGAGCUGUCUCUCUACGGCAUCCAGCAGUGCGAUCUCAAACAGGAAAUGCAGAAGGGGGCCGAGGGGACAGGACUUGCUUUCAUCGCUUUCACUGAAGCCAUCACGCACUUCCCGGCAUCACCGUUUUGGUCCCUCCUGUUCUUCCUGAUGCUGCUGAACCUGGGAAUGAGCACGAUGUUCGGAAACAUGCAGGGAAUCCUCACUCCGCUCCUAGACAACUUCCCCUCGCUGUCCCAGAGAAAGUCUCUCUUUACUGUGUUGUGCUGUUCCCUGGGCUUCAUCACCGGCCUGAUCUUCACACAGCGCUCUGGGAACUACUUUGUCUGCAUGUUCGACGACUACUCCGCGACGAUGCCUCUGAUUAUUGUCGUUCUGUUCGAGCUGGUGGCAGUCGCCUGGUUCUACGGAGUCGACAGGUUCUUCGAUGACAUCCAGGAAAUGAUUGGUCGCCGGCCGUUCUUUCUCUACAAGUACUUGUGGAAGUUUGUCUGCCCCAUCAUCAUGGUGGCGUUACUGCUCGCCAGCCUGAUCCGCAUGUGUAUCAAACACCCAACGUAUCGAGCGUGGAAUCAGACCAAGGCGGAGGAGGUGUUGCUGGAGUAUCCGAACUGGGCACUUGCCAUGAUGAUACUCCUGAUAGUGAUGGCCUCUCUGCCCAUCCCGCUGAUGUACAUCAGGCAGGCGCUGCUGGACAGGCAGCUCAGCCGCACGGACUACUCGGAGUGCGCCUACAUGGGCACCGACGGGGCCGACGGCGUCUCCUUCCCUCUCGACGGGAACGCCGGCGAGGGGGUGGGGCAAAAUGGCUACCUGAAGGUUGAGACGGAGGAGGGGGGCUUGGAGAGGUCGGUGCUGCUGCUGUCGGAGGAAGAGGAGGAGGAGGAGGAGGAAGAGGAGGAGGAGGAGCAGGAGGAAGUGUUUGAAAUGGACGACUUGUCACGAGACCAAAGCUGCAAGGCGGGUUCGAAGUAACUCCCGCGGUAUUUUGGACACUUUACGGGCCUUUCUAUUUCAAAAAACUAAAGCAAAAACUUAGGAGACGCCUCCAGCCACGGGAGUCGUCCUGGGUUGGGGUAGUUCAGCGGCCGAUAGGGUUGCGUUCGGAAACCGAGCGCCCCGGCUAGCAGGGUCUUCUUCCCUCUCUACCCAGCCGCACGUGUCCAUCCUACACGGACGCCAUUGCCGUACGCGGCAUCUCCCCGUGGGAACGGGCGGCCGACUCGCUCAACGUUUCGCUUCCGCCGCGGACCACUGGAAAUUAACGUGCGCGUUUUGGACGCGGAAGUUCACCGAUUAUGCAGAGGGAAGAGGAGAAAAAAAUACAUAUAUA